AUCAUAGACUUGGAGGCAGCCAUAGGGUGGACGCAGCACCUCCUCCACCACCAGCAGCCCUGUGCUCACGUCCCACCAUCACCUCAUCAGGUCUCACAUCCACUCACUUUCUAUGCAUUUAUGUGUCCAUUCAUGGCAUCAAUGGUCUGUGUGUUGAUCCACAACUCACACCACUUCUUAGUCCAUAACCCAGUCGUAAAUCACAUCCAUUUGGAGGACAGGCAUACAAUCCAUAAGCGAAGUGCGGACCAACCCUUACGGAUCAAAGUCUUCUAUGAUUCCAGUGUUAAGAGAAUUCCUAUCGAGAAGUUUCAGAUAAUUAAUAACACAGUUCUACCUCAAGCUCUCAAUUACUGGCAAAAGGCUCUUCACGUCAAACCACUUCACGUUCCCAUUCGUCUCAAUCGCAAAUGUCCGAACAAUCAGGCCUUCUUCCCCAGCUCUGAUCCGCCGCAUCAGUAUUGUGUGGAAAAGUGCGAGAAUAUCACCACUUGUGGCGAAGUGAUUGUUCCCGAAGACCACUUAGAGAUAUGUCGUGUCUGUGAUGUGAACGGAAGGAACUGUCAGUUAUAUAAGUCAUACAAUUGGACACAAGUGGGGAAUGGUAUACAAGACGCGGAUUUUGUGUUCUAUGUGUCGGCGAUGCAAACGGAGCGCUGCAAUAAAGGCCAUACCGUCGCCUAUGCGGCCCACUGUCAACAAGAGGCAGCACUCGACCGUCCGAUUGCAGGUCACGCCAACUUGUGUCCCAAUUCCAUAUCAACGAAACCACAAGAUUUGGAGACUUUGUUGUCGACAGUCAAACAUGAGAUCCUUCACGCGCUCGGCUUUUCUGUUUCUCUUUACGCCUAUUUUCGCGACAAAAACGGCGAUCCCCUCAGCUCUCGAGGAAGGAAUGGCAAACCAAUUAUUAGUCGUCACCUAAAGGCUCCGCAAUGGAGUGAUAAUAUAAUUAGACAAAUAGAUAGAUACGACUGGAAAGUACGAAACGGUUCAGUCAGACGUACUGUUCAUAUGAUAGUCACUCCGAAUGUUGUGAAAGAGGUUCGGAGACAUUUUAAUUGUUCAGAACUGGAAGGGGCGGAACUGGAGGAUCAGGGAGAGGAUGGCACACAUCUGACACAUUGGGAAAAGAGAGUGUUUGAAAACGAAGCCAUGACUGGAACUCAUACCCAAAAUCCUGUCUAUUCACGGAUUACUUUAGCUCUUAUGGAAGACACCGGCUGGUAUACCCCGAACUACGAAUUGGCUCAACCGCUUGAUUGGGGCAAAAACCUCGGCUGCGAUUUUGCACAAAAGAGUUGCAAACAUUGGAUCGAUUGGAGGCGUUCCAGAGGAGAGAGCAUUCAUCCAUUUUGUGAUAAAGUCAAAAGAGAUCCGUUGGAAACGGAAUGCACGGACAGUAGGGAUGCGGUGGCGCUUUGCAAUCUCAUGGAAUAUACAUCUGAUUUAUUACCCAAAUUCCAAAACUUCGAUUACAUCCCGAGCGUCAAGAACUGGAACGACACGGCCAGGUAUGGCGGGUCAGUCAAUUUGGCCGACUUUUGUCCAUACAUUCAGGAGUUUACGUGGAAACUGAAUGAUGUGGUCGUCCGCGGAUCCAAAUGUCAAUACGAAGACAAUAAUCCGAUUCCGGAGAAGAAUUUCGCGCUCGAAUAUUACGGCUCAGACUCCAAGUGCUUCAACCAUAACAAUCAGAUGUGGGAAGAGAGGACAUGUACUCAAGUGCGUCAAUGGCAGCACUGGGGAAGUGGUUGUUAUAAAGUAAGCCCUACGCCAUACACUAGCUUCCGAUGUAACGACGGGUUAUUACAUUUGGAAAUACGAAACCAAAGCUAUACCUGUUAUUAUGCCAAUCAAGAACUCAAAGUACAACUCUAUGCACACGAUUGGUUACACAUAGGAACGGUAGUCUGUCCGCCAUGUAGUCAAAUAUGUGAGGACUGUAAGCCAGAGCUCACCUCAAAUGAGAUUCGGACGACAGACAGGCAUAAGAUAUCAUAUAAGAAGCAUUUCCUCAAGUGUUACGGUCACCCGAAUACGCCAAACGCCUUAUCUGUGAUUUGUAUCAUUAUUAUAAACACUUUACUCCGUUAUCUCAAUCAAAGCUGACCAACCAUUUGAUUAAUUUUGAGUUCAUAUCAAAUAUUAGGAAUAAUUUAAAUAAUUUGUUGAUUCCAUUGUUUGUAAUCAAAACAAGAUUUUAAUACCGGUUUUAUUGCACUUCAAAUGAUUACGUUUUGAGUUUUGAUUACUUUGAAAAUCCU